AUAAUUGUUUACUCUUUUGCAGGUAAGCUCACUGGUUUGUUUCGUCAUGUCUAAAAGGAAGACUUAUUCACCUGUAAGUCAGUCGGAUAGUAGAUCUAAGAUUUUUCAUUCUGACCCAUUGGAGGAGACGAGUAUCUUGGAGUUACUUCAAGGAGAAUUUGAUAUUAAGGAUGGGAUAUCGUUACUUAUUCAGCUAAAUUUAAAGCAGAAUAAGAAAUUGGAAGGAAUGAUUGCUAGGAUUGAUAGAAUCUACUCCUGGGUAGAAAAUUUGGACGAAGCUAUUGUUAAUAUAGAAACUAGAUUAGAAGAUUUAGAGAAAAAAUUUACAUACGAUACCGGUAAGAUUCUAUCGGACGAUAGAAUAGAUUUGGAAAACAAAUUGGCCGAGUUUACAUUAAGUCAGGAGCGGUUUGAGUGUUUUUUAAGGCGUAAUAACUUAAUAAUUUUUGGUUUGCCUGAGUCGGAAGAUAAUAACUUACAAGUUAAAGAUGUAGUAUUGGAAUUUUUUCAAAAUAAAUUAAGUGUUGAUAAUGUUCGUUUAGAGCGGUGCUAUAGAUUGGGUCAACAACGGAAAGAUAGUAUUAGGUUGAUUUACUGUAGUUUUUUUGACUAUGGUGAUAAAUGUAAGAUUAAAAGAGCGGCAUUUAAAUUAAAAGGAACGAGGAUAUUUAUAAUGGAUGACCUUCCUCCUUUAACUAGAGACAUAAGGAAAAUAAUGAAUGAUUUCGCAAGAGAAAAAAAGAGAUUGGGUGCUUCAAUUACUUAUUUAAAUAAUAGAAAUGCGGUUAAAGUUGAUAAUAAAAUUUAUAAAUAUAAUAUAGUUUCUAAGAAAAUGGAAGAACAAAUGUCAACUUGACUGGGAAUAGGUACGUCGGUACUUUCAUGGAAUUGUGAAGGUAUUGUAAAUAAGCCUAUCUCUUUUUGGAAUUUUUUGUAUACUUUUGAUAUAAUUUUUUUAAUGGAAACGUGGUGGGAUGGCAGGUCUGCUAUUCCCAAUUUGCAAAAUAUGGAUAAAU